CUCUCCUCCUCUAUAUAAUUUCCCCUAAUUUGUCCCCACAAAACUCAGGAAAUUGAUCAGUUUUCGAUUUCCUUCCAUCUAAGUACAUAACUACUAGUACUUUUUUGUGAUAGUUCAUGAACAAAAGUUAGCUUUACACUAUGUAAAUCUUGGAUUCGUCGAGCCAUUUUUGUCCAACCCAUUCCUUAUUUUUGGAUUUCAAUAAUUCAUUCCCAUUUGGGUCUUCACCAAAUUAAUCCAACAUUUUCCACUCGAUCGGUACCUAUACCUCCAACUGAAUUUCAGCAAUGGAAUUUAGUAACGACCAAUGUAGUGGUACUGAUGACACCAUCUCCUUGUGUGUCCAAGACCCAUUGAAUUGGGUUAAAGCUGCGGAGUCCUUAAAGGGUAGUCACUUGGACGAAGUCAAGUGCAUGGUGGCAGAGUACCGGAAGCCGGUGGUUCGGCUUGGUGGCGAGACCCUAACAAUAUCACAAGUGGCUGCGAUAGCCACCCGUGAAACUGAGGUUACAGUAGAACUCUCGGAGACUGCCAGGGCUGGCGUGGUGGCAAGUAGUGAUUGGGUGAUGGAGAGCAUGAACAAGGGGACAGAUAGCUAUGGUGUGACCACUGGUUUUGGUGCAACUUCUCAUAGGAGAACCAAACAGGGUGGAGCACUUCAGAAAGAGCUUAUUAGGUUCUUGAAUGCCGGGAUAUUCGGUAACGGGACGGAAUCUUGCCAUAUCCUGCCUCGUUCGACGACACGGGCCUCAAUGCUGGUGAGAAUCAACACCCUCCUUCAAGGGUAUUCGGGGAUUCGAUUCGAGAUGUUAGAAGCUAUGACCAAAUUUCUUAACCACAACAUCAUCCCGUGCUUGCCCCUCCGGGGCACAAUCACAGCCUCGGGCGAUUUGGUCCCUUUGUCCUACAUUGCUGGGCUUCUAACGGGAAGGCCCAAUUCGAAGGCCGUUGGGCCCAAUGGAGAAUCGCUCAAUGCCGUUGAGGCCUUCUGCUUGGCGGGUAUUGAUACCGGUUUUUUUGAGUUGCAGCCCAAAGAGGGUCUUGCGCUGGUGAAUGGUACCGCGGUUGGGUCGGGCCUAGCUUCCGUGGUUCUUUUUGAAGCCAACAUCCUCUCUGUCCUCUCGGAAGUUUUAUCAGCCGUGUUCGCAGAAGUCAUGCAAGGAAAGCCCGAAUUCACGGAUCAUUUGACCCAUAAAUUGAAGCACCACCCGGGCCAAAUCGAGGCUGCAGCUAUAAUGGAACACAUUUUAGACGGCAGCUCUUAUGUCAAAGAAGCCCGAAGGCUUCAUGACAUUGACCCGCUCCAAAAGCCGAAAAAGGACCGAUACGCCCUCCAUACAUCUCCCCAAUGGCUCGGGCCACAGAUCGAAGUCAUCCGAUCCGCAACCAAAAUGAUCGAAAGGGAGAUAAAUUCCGUGAAUGACAACCCAUUGAUCGAUGUGUCCCGUAACAAGGCCCUACACGGAGGAAAUUUCCAGGGUACCCCAAUAGGGGUGUCAAUGGACAACACCCGACUUGCCAUUGCGGCGAUAGGCAAACUCAUAUUUGCACAAUUUUCGGAGCUCGUUAAUGACUUUUACAACAACGGUUUGCCCUCGAAUCUCUCUGGCGGGCGUAACCCCAGCUUGGAUUACGGGUUCAAAGGUGCCGAAAUAGCGAUGGCGGCUUAUUGUUCCGAGCUCCAGUUCCUAGCUAACCCUGUAACCAAUCAUGUCCAAAGUGCAGAGCAACACAACCAAGAUGUGAACUCAUUGGGCUUGAUCUCAUCCAGAAAAACAGCCGAGGCACUUGACAUACUAAAACUCAUGAGUGCGACUUGGUUGGUAGCCUUAUGCCAAGCAAUUGACUUGAGGCAUUUGGAGGAAAACCUAAAAAGCAUAGUAAAAAACACAGUGAGUCAAGUGGCUAAGGGGGUUCUAACCUUGGGUUCAAAUGGAGAACUUCACCCCUCAAGAUUUUCAGAGAGAGAAUUGCUCAAAGUGGUGGACCGGGAGCACGUAUUCGCGUAUAUAGAUGACCCGGUGAGCUACACGUACCCGUUGAUGCAGAAACUCCGACAAGUCCUGGUGGAGCACGCUAUGGCGAACGGGGAGAGGGAGACAAAUCCCGCUACUUCGAUUUUCCAAAAGAUUUGCGCGUUUGAGGAGGAGCUGAAGACCGUCCUGCCCAAGGAAGUCGAAACUGCACGGUGCAAUGUGGAGAGUGGAAUGGCAGGUAUUGGAAACAGGAUCAGGGAAUGUCGGUCGUACCCGUUGUACAAGUUUGUGAGGGAGGAAUUGGGGACGGGAUUUUUGACCGGAGAGAAGGUCCGGUCACCGGGAGAGGAGUUUGACAAGGUGUUCUCAGCCAUUUGUGAGGGGAAGUUGAUUGAUCCUUUGCUGGAUUGCUUGAAGGAGUGGAACGGUGCUCCUCUGCCAAUUUGCUAAUUAAUUAAUUAGGAUAUAUACGUGACAGUCUCUACAUUAUUAUGUGCACAUUACAAUUUACUAGUGCAAUAUUUGUUGUUUUUUUUGUCAGAUGUAAAACUUAAGUUAUUUGACUAGUUUGUACUUGAAAAUAUUUUAUCUCAAUUUGUGUAAGAAGUGUGUAUUUGGUCACCC